AUGUUCAGCCCGGACGGGGGGCUGCCGGCCGCCCCUUUCGGCCUUCUGACCGACGCCGGACCGCCUUUCCACCGCGGCAGCUUCGACGGGGCGCCCGCUCAGCCGCUCUUCUUCCCCUUCGCCGCCACCGCCGAGCCCGAGCCCGCCCGGGACCCGCCGCCGGCCCGCGCCUGGCUGCCCCCGCCCGCCAAGGUGGAGGCGCGGCCGGGCCGGCCCUGCAGCCAGCCCGAGCCCGAGCCCCGCACCGCCGCUUGCUGCGGCCCGGCCUGGCCGCCCCCGCCCUGGGCCGGCCCGUCGCCCUCCGGCCCCGCCGCCCUGCCCGGGCCGCCUUUCUCUGGCCCGGCUGCCCCUGCCUUCCCUGGCCCCCAGCUCUGCCCCGCCGCGCUGCAGCCGGGCUCCGGCGGCCCGUCGGGGCUGGGCAGCAGCGGCAGCUCCAGCGGCGCCGCCAGCGAGGGCGGACACUCCAGCGACAGUGGUGAGGAGGAUGCACCAACCUCAGGAGAGCUGGAGCAGUUCGCCAAGGACCUCAAGCACAAGCGCAUCAUGCUGGGCUUCACCCAGGCUGACGUGGGGCUGGCGCUGGGCACCCUCUACGGGAAGAUGUUCAGCCAGACAACCAUCUGCCGCUUUGAAGCGCUCCAGCUCAGUUUCAAGAACAUGUGCAAGCUAAAGCCACUGCUGCAGCGCUGGCUCAACGAGGCGGAGAACACAGACAACAUGCAAGAGAUGUGCAAUGCAGAACAAGUACUAGCCCAAGCACGGAAGAGAAAACGCAGGACCAGCAUCGAGACCAAUGUGAAAGGGACACUGGAGAGUUUCUUCCGCAAAUGUGUAAAGCCCAGUCCCCAGGAGAUCUCCCAGAUUGCUGAGGACCUCAACUUGGAUAAAGAUGUGGUCCGAGUCUGGUUCUGCAACCGGCGUCAGAAAGGCAAACGGCUGCUGCUGCCCUACAGCAAUGAGGCAGAGGGGAUGAUGUAUGACAUGAACCAGCCCCUGGUGCCCUCCACUCUGCCCAUCCCAGUGACGUCCCAGGGCUACAGCCUGGCACCCUCCCCUCCUGUCUACAUGCCAACCUUCCACAAAGCUGAGAUGUUCCCACAAGCGCUGCAGCCUGGGCUCUCCAUGAGUAACAGCAGCCACUGAACCAGGGGCUGUAGGCUCACUGCAGGUGGGCUGGUGCUCUGA